AUGGCUUCCAACGAGACAACAGUAGCUCAGAAACGCGUUCAUGAUGAGUCACCAGGAGUUGAGCCCACUGCGGGCAAGUACUCAUGGUUUCAUGGAGUGUUCUUCAAUGCCACCGUCGUAGGAAUUGCGGCAUUUGCAGCACCCGGCCUGUGGAAUGCCAUGAACUCUGUGGGUGCUGGAGGACAACAGACACCUUACCUGGUGAUGGCAGGAAACGCCAUCUUGUUCGCCAUCAUGACCUUUACCUGCCUGACUGGCAGUUUGAUGGUGAACAGAUUCGGAUAUCGCACGGCCCUGGUCUUUGGCACGGUCGGGUACGUCAUCUACUCGGCCGCGCUGUACACUAACAACCGGUACGGUACUGUGUGGUUCAUCUACUUCGGCUCGGCUGCCUGCGGUGUGUCUGCCGGCAUUUUCUGGGCUACCGAGGGAGCCAUCAUGCUCAGCUAUCCCGAGCCCGAGAAAAGAGGGCGCUAUCUGGCCUACUGGCUCACGUACCGGAACAGCGGCUCCAUUCUUGGUGGAAUCAUCAACUUGGCCUUCAAUGCGCAAGGGUCUUCCACGGGAAAGUUGGAUUGGAGGACCUAUAUCGUUUUUGUGGUGUUACGGCCGGCAGCAUCCUUUUGGCUGUCUCCGCCUGAGAAAGUUCAGAGGAGAAAUGGCACGCGUGUGCAGGUGACCGAAAGAGUCUCUGAUGUCCACGAGCUGAAAGGGCUUGCCGAGGUAUUGGUGCGAAAGGAUUUUCUAUUGGUCAUUCCAUACUUCCAUUACGUGACCUGGGAGCUGCCAUACAUCAGCUCGUACCUCUCACUUCACUUCUCUGUGCGCUCCCGUGCACUCGCGUCUCUGGUAUCGGCCCUCGCACAGGUGGUUGCCACCUUGAUUUUUGGAGCGUUCCUUGAUUGGACACGUCUCGAUCUCAACAAGCGGGCCAGAUAUGGCUUCAUCUUCAUGAUGAUUCUGAUCGGCGGGUGCUGGGUAUGGGGCGCCAUUGUGCAGAAUGAGUAUACGCUUCACAAGCCCCAACUGGACUGGGUCGACACCGGCUUUGGCCGAGGAUGGGCACUCUACAUCUUUUGGCAGGUCAACUUCUCCUUGGCGUACAACUUUGGCUUCUGGCUUAUUAGCUUCUUGGCGCGGAAUCCCAAGGAGACGGCCAGGUAUAUGUCUGUAGCCAGAGCGGCUGAGGCGGCAGGACAGUGCAUCAGCAGCGGCAUCAGCUCGACGAGCGCCCCGCUGAUCUCUGCGCUGGGCGUCAACUUUGCCCUCUGGGGUGUUGCGGUGAUCCCGGCUUGGUUCGUUGUUCGCCAGGUUGGCAUCAGGUACCUGGGCCCAGAAACCCAGUCUCCACCGCUUGAUAGCGACAAGCAGGAAUCGGGGUAG